AUGUGCUACAUUGAGGAAAUCGAUGGACCAGCCAAGGCCGAGAACUACUUCGACACAGGGAACACAGACUUCCCAUGUGCACAAGGAAAGGGAUACUAUGGUCGUGGUCCGAUCCAGCUCUCUUGGAACUUCAACUAUGGUCUCUGUGGCAGAGAGUUGAACGAGAACCUAUUAGCUUCCCCAGAGAAAGUGGCUCAAGACCCGGUUCUUGCCUUCAAGACCGCUUUCUGGUUCUGGACCACCAAUGUUCGCGGGAACUUUAACCAGGGCUUUGGGGCGACCAUCAGGGCUAUAAAUGGUAUGGAGUGCAGCGGAGGAGAUACUACAACCGUCAACAAGAGGAUUGGAUACUUCCGAGACUAUUGUGGCAGGCUUGGAGUCGAACCUGGAGAUAACCUCUCUUGUUAA